GUCAGAGGAAAGCGUAAACCAAGCACCAAAGCCCGUACUUGAGCUAUAACAUUUGAAUUUCUUGAUCAUUCUACGUUCCCAAAAUGGAUCUUAUCAAAUAUUUCACAUUUUCUAUGAUAAUCUCUAUUUUAGGUAUUUGGGGAAUCCUCCUUAAUAGACGAAAUAUUCUUAUUAUGUUAAUGCCAAUUGAAUUAAUGUUAUUAGCUGUGAAUUUGAACUUUUUGGUAUUUUCCGUUUCUUCGGAUGAUAUGAUGGGUCAAGUAUUUGCUUCAUUGGUUCCAACGGUGGCAGCUGCGGAAUCUGCUAUUGGGUUAGCCAUUUUCGUUAUAACUUUCCGAGUCCGAGGGACUAUUGCUGUAGAAUUUAUUAAUAGCAUUCAAGGGUCAGGGCCUUUCUCGCUGGGCGAAUUGAGUUCCACGGCUAGAAAGAUGCUAUUUGCUGCUAUUCCAUCUAUUUGUGCAUUAAGUUCGAAGAAGAUCUCAAUCUAUAAUGAAGAAAUGAUAGUAGCUCGUUGUUUUAUAGGCUUUAUCAUAUUCAGUCGGAAGAGUUUAGGUAAGACUUUCAAAGUGACUCUCGACGGGAGAAUCCAGGCUAUUCAGGAAGAAUCGCAGCAAUUCCCCAAUCCUAACGAAGUAGUUCCUCCGGAAUCCAAUGAACAACAACGAUUACUUAGGAUCAGUUUGCGAAUUUGUGGCACCGUAGUAGAAUCAUUACCAAUGGCACGCUGUGCACCUAAGUGCGAAAAGACAGUGCAAGCUUUGUUAUGCCGAAACCUAAAUGUUAAGUCAGCAACACUUCCAAAUGCCACUUCUUCCCGUCGCAUCCGUCUUCAGGACGAUCUAGGCACAAAGUUUCGCAUAUUAAUUGGGAGGAGAUUUUGCCCCAGGUGUAUCACGAAAGCAGAAAAAAUAGAACUCAUUCAAGAGAGCUUGGUGGUCUUAAGAAUGGUUCGGGGGGAGCCUUCUCUUAAGAAUAAAUAAAGAAGACGAAUAGAAGAUAAUUCAUGUUCAUGCGAGAAGAAAACUAAACUGUCAGUCCGCUUGCACGGGCUGUUAUUUCAAGUGGGAUCAGUCCGGAUUAUUUGACCGAUGUCAACAUUCUCGCCAACGCCUAUUGCAUUUUGAUGGAAAAGGGACCUGGUAAUGAACUUAUGACAGAAGCCCUGAAAAUCCUGCAGCUAUGGCAGCACGGGUUACCCAUUUCAUAGGCGAGGGUGGGGGACAGGUUUGAGGACCUGUUGGUCAAAGAAAAUGCAGAUAGAUUGUAUAAAAGAGUGCGAGUUGAUGUCGGUAUUGGAAACGUCUUCAGUUCUUUGAUCCAUUCCGUGGCGCGAAAUCCAUCAUUGGCAAAACAAUUAUUUGGUUAUGCGCUUUGCUCUAACCGAAGCCAUAGCCUUGUUUGCCUUAAUGAUGGCCUUUUUGAUCUCAUCCGUAUUCCAAUCUUUGACUGAAGGUUUCUGCGGGCUAGUCCC